AUGACACUUACACUUGGGAUUCAAUCUACAUCCUUCGUCAAAAGUCAAAAUGCAUGUAUUAAGCAAGUGUUAGAGAAUAGUAAUACAUCAUUAUAUGAUCUAGGUAACGUAUUGAUGGAAAGAAGUAAAGAAGAACAAAAGCGAAAGCAAUUUGAAGAAUGGAGACAGAGUAUUCCUUCCACAGCAAGCGUUGUCACUGUUUUUCCCCUUAUAGAAUCUUUAGUAAAACGUUAUUUGAGACCAAAUGUCUCCCAUUUUUUAAUAGAGCAAAUGAAAGAAAGUUUGUAUUAUGCCGCCAGUCUUUCCACAAUCAAGAAAGUAGAAUCACUUACUGUUUAUGAAACUUCUCAAAACAAAGACAUAGAUGUUGAGUUCGAUGCGGUUUACCUGUCUGCUAAGUAUCUUUUAGAUCAUUUAGAACAGAAUACAAUUGCGGAGAUCUGGAAAGUGUCGAGAGUCACAAGUCAUAGGAUUAAUCACUUCAUCUUUCUUCUUGCAGAUGGUUCAUAUGGUUGUACUUGUCUUUUGCAACAAAGAAAAGAUGCAGCAAAAGAAUAUUUAUAUUCUGGUAAACAAUUUAAUGAAUUAGCUAAUGAUGUAAAUAUCAUUCAAGAAAGUAAUGAGUGUCGAUUUAUGUGGUUACAACCAUUUAUUGGUAAUGAAACUGGAAACACUAUGAAUGAAGAGUUUGUUGAUAAAGUUCUUUUUUAUAGAAAAGUUUGGGGUCUUGCUUGUACUGCUGUAAAUAAGUGUAUGUUGCAUCGUAAUCAUGAAUUUAUUAGCUUAAUUGAAUCCUAUCUAGAAAAGAUUCAUGCUAGUGAAGAUGAAUUGGUUGAAGAAGUCACAACAGACCAAAACACUACUGAAAAUAUAGAAAGAAAGCCAAAGUCAGCAAGUCAUGAUAAAAACGUCGUAACAACUACACAAGAGAAAGGUAUUAAGAAACACAGGCAAUACACUUGUGGAUUCU